AUGGACGAUGAUUCCAUCGCGGAGUUACUGGCCAAGGAGGCCCGAGAAUCUUCUCAGAGGUACUCAAGAGAGGGUCUUCUCGCCUACCAGACUCGAAGACCAGCCGGCAAGCCUAACAUGAGGUUCCUGCGAAAUCUCUUGAUGGAUACGGAUAGUCACAAUACUGCUCUAAAGCGUAAAGAAGAGAGAGAAGCGAGGGGCCGGAUGCGCGAAUUGAGUGAGAAGAAACGGGAUGAGAUACACCCCCGAACUUCUGGGAAAGGUGAUCAAGAUCGCCGGUCCAGCGUGCGAGAUUCGGAGAGACGCCGCCGAGGAGAUGACAAAUAUGACCUUCGUGACGAAGACCGAGACCGAGAACAUUCGCGCCGCUCACAUCGACGGAGCCACCGCCACCGCAGCCGUUCUACUAGCACGUCCUCGGAGCGAAAUCGGUCCCGCAGACAUCGACGAGAAGAGACUCGGGAGAAAUUCAAAGUUCGGGAAACAUCCAGCAAUCGCGACAAGUACAGAGAUCAUGACGAUUACAGGGACCGCAAGGAGUACAGAGAUCGCGAUAGACAGAAGAAGCGGGAAAGGUCGAAAGAUCGAGACGGAGAGGGCAGGGAACGCCGACGAGAUCGACAUGGACAUCGCUCCUCGCGGUCAGACCGGCGACACCGAGAGCGAUCAAACUCGAGUUCUCGCAGUCGGUCCCCGCGCCGGUCCAAGCACACCAGCAGGUCUCGUUCUCACGAACCGGACAGGGAACAUAAAUCGAGGCACGAGGACGAGCACUGUUCGCCGAUUCAAAAACAGACCGAGAGGAAAGAGGAUGACAAGCUGCGUCGUGAUAUUGAAAACGAAUCAGACUCUCUUGAUGAGCUUAUUGGCCCUACUUUGCCGGGUGACAGCAAAGCGCCUAUUCGUUCCCGCGGUCGUGGCGCCUACAAAUCGAACACCAGUGCGAUUGAUUCCCAUUUUGUAGCUGACUACGACCCUGCUCUUGAUCUGCAUCUCGAAGAUGACGAGCAGCCUACCCAAAAGAAACCACGUCACGUCGUGGGUCUGUCACAAGAAGAUGAUUGGGACAUGGCGCUCGAAGCCUUGCGCGAUCGGGCUCGUUGGCGUCAAAAGGGAGAGGAAAGGUUGCGUGCUGCUGGAAUGAAUGAAUCGACGAUCGAACGAUGGAAGUCUAAUGCGUCCUCUUCCGCUGUGAAUGGCGACGAGAAACCAGAGCAGGUGCAAUGGUCGAAGAAGGGAGAAGGCCGCGAGUGGGAUCGUGGUAAAGUGAUGGACGAUAGGGGACAUACCGACGUUCAUGCCCAAUGGUAG